AUGGAUGCACCCUGCCGCACGCCCAUUUAAUUCCUCGCUUGUGGGCAACUUGGAGGAAAGGGAACCUAUUCAGACAAUGAAGUAUACGUAACUGACCACGACAACCAAGAUCACGAUAUGAUAUGUCGGACACGGAGUUUCAGCCCAAUAGAUUUACCAAAUAUUCCUUCUAUUCAGUCUGUGUAGGGGAGACUACUUAUAUGUAAGUAGAGGAGAGAAGGCCGACACCCCUGCCUGCCAUUUGGGAUCCAUGUCGCGAAAAGUCGUUCUAGUAACUGGUUGUUCACAAGGCGGGAUUGGCUUCUAUUUAUGUGAGCGCUUUGCUGAGCAUUUAUGUACCGUGUAUGCCACGUCUCGUAGGCUAGAGACGAUGGACGGCUUCAAGUAUCCAGUGGAAAAGCGUGCCAUGGAUGUGACCAGCGAUGACGAUGUAAAACUCGUCGUACAGUCUAUUCUCAAAGAGCAGGGGAAAAUCGACAUCGUUGUGAAUAAUGCCGGUGCUAUUGCUAUCGGACCGUUGCUUGACGUGUCCUUAGAUCAGGCUAGAAUGGCCUUUGAGACCAACGCGUUCUCAACAUUGCGGGUUGCACAGGCAGUCGCACCCUCCAUGGUGGAACGCAAACAAGGGCUUAUCGUCAACAUCGGGUCACUUGUAGGAAAUAUCCCUACUCCAUGGAAUGGAUUAUACUGUGCAGCCAAGGCGGCAGUUCGUGCCUUCAGUGAUGUUCUGACCAUGGAAUGCAAGCCUUUUGGUGUCAAAGUGAUGUUGGUAGCACCAGGCCAGGUUCAAUCAAAUAUCACUGCUAACCAGGCAGCCACCCUUGAAUUAUCCUCCACGUCCAUCUACGAGCCUUACUUCGAUCGGAUAUACGAACGCAUGCGUGGCAGUCAAGCUAAAGGGAACAUGCCUACCGAUGAAUUUGCACGCCGUGUGGUUGCAAAGGUGCUGAGUCCCAACCCUCCAAGUUAUAUGUCACUUGGGGGCAAGUCGGGUCUUUUCGAAUUCUUCUACUGGCUCCCUCGUUGGCUUGUCCUCUGGAUUAUUGGAUCAUGGAUGGUGUGGAGGAAGACCUGAUACAUCUAUGUAGCCAGUGAGCCACCGUGUACCAUCGCAUUUGCCAUGAAAGAAAUUGUGGGCAGUUG